AUGAACGACUUUUUGGUCAGGUGCUUUCAGAGGGCAAACAUACCCACAAUUAAAGAACCCACAGGUCUCAUGGAGGAAGGUAGUCUCAGGCCCGACGGGUAUACUAUUUCACCAUGGGCGCAGGAACGUUCCCUUGCAUGUGAUGUUACGUUCUCCCAUACCAUGGCUAAAAGGUACAUUAAUCUUACCUCACAGGAGGCGGGUGCCGCUGCCUUAAGAGCCGCAGACUUUAAAAAUUCAAAAUUUGCGGCUCUUGCAGAUAGCAAAAUUUUUCAGUCAGUCUGUAUUGAGACCUCUGGUCCAACCGAUUUUCAGACUCAGAAUUUUCUGAAUGAAUUCUGUAGCAGGAUUGUGGAAGUAUCGGGUGACCCAUUAGAUAAGAGUUAUGUAGAGCAAUCUUUCUCUAUUUUACUUCAAAAAUAUGAUUCUUUCUGUAUUUUGGAUGGAGCGUUAAAAUACAUGUCUGUGCGAAGCGUUUAA